AUGACACAACAGGGCUCUCGACUCAUUUCUCAAACCCUCUCUCGCCUCUCCAAACGGAGCAUAAUCUCCAGAAUCCAUUAUGAAAACCCAUCAAAUUUCUCGAAUUUCAUACGAAAGUUUGCGGCUUCGGCGCAGGAACCGAAGGCGGGUAGCUCGGAGAAAGUAUCAGCUAUAGUAGAAGAGAUUUCCGGGCUGACAUUGCUGGAAAUAUCAGAUUUGACGGAAGUUUUGAGGAAGAAAAUGGGGAUUGAAGAAAUGCCCAUGAUGGCGAUGAUGAUGCCUGGGAUGGGGUUUGGCCCAGGAAUGGCAGGGCCAAAGGGGAAGGCCGGUGGGGCUGGUCCGAAAGAGGAGGAGAAGAAAGAGAAGACAUCGUUUGAUUUGAAACUCGAGGGGGGAUUUGAUGCCGCCGCCAAGAUCAAGAUUAUUAAGGAAGUGCGGGCGUGCACGGAUUUGGGGUUGAAGGAAGCCAAGGAGCUCGUGGAAAAGGCGCCCACGUUGUUGAAGAAGGGGGUUCCCAAAGAGGAAGCUGAGAAGAUUAUUGAGAAGAUGAAGGGAGUCGGGGCUAAAGUCAUAAUGGAGUGA